AUGCUUCAUUCCAGCAACUGUAGGUCUGCGAAUCGUCCCUCCGACUUCCCUGCCCGCUUGCGAGAUCCCGCAUCGCGCCAUGUGUCAUGUGAUAUCGAUGGUCCUUCAGUUCCCCGAGUCAUGAAUCCUUCUCCGCAUUCUAGUAAUGGGCUGUCUGGUCGGGAAGACGAUGCGACGGCCUUGAACUCGACUCUCGAUUCGGCUACCGAUCGAUUUGCUUCGCCUUCGCCUACGAAUAUGACUUCCGAGAUCGAUCGGCGUUUACAUGACGUGGGCGUUGCAGCUCUUGCUGCUGUGUCCCAAUACCCACGUGCGGUGGAUAAUGCGCACGGUGAUUCUCUUAUGGUGUCGGAAGUCGUCAAUGCUGUUACCGGUGCUGGCGGUCCUCCGGAUUAUCGAAAUUUGGACUCGGGGGGUUCUUUGCUGACAGGACACCGGGGUCAUUUUCAACAAUCUGGAAUGGGAGGUACCCCUUCCGCUGGACCGGAGUUGGUCUUUGGCUCGAACCCGAGUGGCAAUGUGGAUAUGGAAACGAUUGUCCGGGACUUGAUUCACCACACCGCCGGCCGGCAAGAUAUCGCCAUCGCCCCAGACAGUGAGCUCGAGGAUAGUCAGAAGGACAUGGUUACGGAUUACGAGUCUGCUACCAUGGAAGACAAGCCGUCGCCCUCGUCAACGUCCGAUGAUGAGCUUGAAGACUUUCUCCGAUUCUAUCCGGACGAAGAGGAGUAUUACUACCAGCGCAAGGAACGCCCGACGCAUGAAGCCGAAAUGGCAGACUGCGAUCUGGAUGAUUUUUAUAACAGUAUCAGUUAUGACGAUAUCGAUGUGGAUCUACCCCAAACUAUCGGUUUGUCUAUUACAGAACCGCUUGGGAACUACACCGACGAUCAAAUGGAAUUCCCUGGACCACAUCCCGCAUCUAUAAUCCACACAUCCACAUACGAGCGGAAUCUCACUAUCGAUGAAUUCAUCCAGCGUUGGAUGGUCUCAAUAAAUGUCAUUCCCCAGGGCUUCCAUUCUGAAAGUCGAAUUCCACCACAGCUCCGCCCACUCUCCAAGAUGAUUAGCUGGAAGCCGCCGCAGGAGGUUGUUCGGCCGUCUGGAUGGAGACGCGAUUUCUAUGAUCUGCAGCAGAUCCCAUGGACAGAAACUUUGCGAGUGACACGAUCCGAUGCACGAGCCGUGCGCGACGCCUGGUAUACUUCGUAUCACAACUUGGAUUACUCGCACCUCGGUCAUGCCAAGCGGCUUCCACAACGAGAAACAUUUUUCCGCGAGAGCUCCAUGCACACUUCACACAAAGCAUCUAUCGAGCACUUCCAGCUUCGAAAUUUGAUGUCGACUCCUGCAUCUAACACCGUACAUUUCGCCUCCAGGUCGAAAGUGUUUGCCUGGACCCCAAACACCGGCGACGCACGGUGUAUACUCGAUAUGAGCCAGCCAGACCCAGAGUCAGGCUUCCUCGGACCAGUCAAAAUCUCCACCAUGAAGACAGCCCACGGUCUCGCAAUCGCGGGCGGGUUCUGCGGCGAAUACGCCCUACGCAGCACCAGUGGAUCCAGCACCGGCAUAAAGGGUCUAGUAACCCCCGACUUCAACGACGGCAUCACCAACCACGUUGACAUAAUCCCCAGCCGCACUGGGCCCUCCCCAACCGGCGUCUUCGCCUCCAACGACAAGCACCUCCGCAUCCUUGACACAGAAACCAAUAUCUUCGUCUCCGACCAAGAACUCUCCCAACCAAUAAACUGCACCGCCACAUCCCCCGACAGCCGUCUACGCGUGGUAAUCGGCGACUCACCAGACGCAUGGGUCAUCGAAUCCGACACAGGCCGACCUGUCCACCCUCUCCGCGGCCACCGCGACUUCGGCUUCGCUUGCGCCUGGUCCCCCGACAUGCGCCACAUAGCAACCUCCAACCAAGACAAAACAGUCAUCAUCUGGGACGCGCGCACCUGGCGUCCACUUGAAACCAUCGACUCCGACGUCGCGGGCUACCGCUCGCUACGAUUCUCCCCUGUCGGCGGCGGCCCACGCACUCUGCUCUGCACCGAGCCUGCGGAUCGGAUUUCUAUCGUCGAUGCGCAGCUCUUCCGCUCGCGCCAGGUGCAUGAUUUCUUUGGUGAAAUUGGUGGGGCGGAUUACGCGCCUGACGGCGCAGAGAUCUGGGUUGCUAAUACGGAUCGCCAUUUCGGUGGGUUUAUGCAGUAUGAGCGGAGACAGUGGGGGCAACGGGUUGGGUUGACGGACUUCCCGUGUGAGUGGGUUACGGAGGAGGAGUUGGGGGUGGAUUCUAGGUGUGUUUUGAGUAGGAGGGAGAGGGGGUUGAGGUUUUUGAGGAAUCUGUCAGAUGAGGAGCAUGAUGAGUUGAUUCUUUGA